GAGGAGAAGUUACAAGAUAAAACAAACCCACCUGAUUUUGAAUGUUCCAGAGAUGAGGAAGAUCAGCUGAAAAAAGUCACAAUUGCACCCAAGAAUGACGAUUCCAAGCGCAUUUCAAUGUUUUGUUCCAUGUGUCAACAGACAAUAUAUCCACACCCUUAUCAUAAGAAGCCCCACAAAGCCCUAACUUUGCUGGUCUUUGACAGUCCACAAAGACUGACAACAAAACAGAGACGGAAACUAAUUUCAAAAUUGACCAAGAUUCCUAAAUAUGAGACACAUAGGCAGAAGAUUGAUGAUUCAUUGGAUUUCCUUAUGGAUAGUCACACUUCUACUUCAUAUUACAAUCUUGCUAAUAUUAACAAUCCUAGUACUUUUAAGAAAGUAAAUAAUUCUUUAAUAAAAGCAUUAGCAAUUUGCCAAGAUAAAAAUUCCACGUGGCAGGGAGACAUGGAAGACACAUUUAUUGUGCUCGACAACUAUGGAAAUAGGUCAGAUACAUGUUUUCUGGGGCUAGUUGAUGGUUCUCAUGGUGUGACAGCUGCAGAAACAGUUGCAGCAGAGCUUCCACUUUUAUUUCUUGACCAGCUUGCUCAAACAGAUUCCUCCUACAAGAAGAGUAUGGAUGAACAGCAAAUUCUAGAUUCUUUUGCCACAGUAAUCAAGGCAGAUUACAGGGAAAAAGAAAAGAUUUUCUCUGAUAAACCAAACAAUGACGAGACCAAGAUGACCAAUACUUACGAAUGGAUUCACAAAGCGUAUGCCAAGUCCUUUUGGAGAAUGGAUAGACUUUUACGACUGGGAAGGAAUGAGGUUUCCAAAGUUCGCUGGAGUGGCUGUUCAGCCAUUACCUGUUUGGUGGAAAGGCUCCCCAGUGAAGAGACAGAUGGCACUAAGGAAGAAGAAAGAAAACAUUUUGAAAACACCACACACAGUCCAUUGGCCAGGACAGCCAGAGGUGUUGCCGGGUUACUGCAUGUUGCCAAUAUAGGUAAUGCACAUGCAGUCUUAUGUAAAAAUGGAAAGAUUUACUGCCUCUCAAAAGAGCACAGCACUUCUAACAUAAGUGAGAGAAAUCGCAUACUUCAGAAUGGUGGAAACAUCAGCACUAAUGAACCAGAUGGAUUAGUAGAAGGGUACCUGAGAACUACAAGGGGUCUUGGACAUCACGGAGAUCCAGUACUGAAGAGAUUAGUUAUACCUGUACCUCAUACCAUAUCUGUCCCUAUUGAUGAUACUUGUCAGUUUCUUAUUUUAGCUUCUAAUGGGCUUUGGGAGGUUUUGGAUUAUAAUGAAGUACUUGCAUUAACUCUAAGAAUAUUCACUCAUUAUUUGAGAAUGUAUGAAUGUGUUCAACAAAAGGGAACUUCUCCAUGUAAGUGUCAGUACUUGAUGCCACUCACUGAAGACAACUUAAAUGACUCAAAGGCUAUUAAAGAUCAGCAAAAUGGAACAGAGAUGCUGUAUUCCGAUAAAGACAUUUUUCUCACUGACUUAAAAGGCAACCUGAAACAAAAUAAGCCAAAAUGUUCUAGGAGGAACUAUCUGCAAAGUGAAGAUGGAGUUCCUAAGGAAACUGAUGACCACAAAAAUCAGUCUGAUCCAGAACUGUCUCUUUUCAGUAACAAUGAAGUAAAUUCACAGAAUAGAGAGAUGAAACAGUCUGAUGCUAGCACACAAGGUAGCUCUGAAGAACUGAAACACUUUGAGGACAGAAAAGUUUAUCUAUGUAACAGAUUUCAGCCACAGACUGCAGUACAAGAAGAAACAGACACUGACAAUUCCUCUGCAACAGGUCCAAGUUACACCCAUAAACAGCUGCAAGAGAAUGUACAGGCAACAGGGUCUAAAGACAUCAAUCAGCCCCCAAAAGAUUUAAGAGCAUGCCUAUCUAAUUAUGACUCAGUUCCACAACUGGCAGAAAAAAUGGACUCCAAGAUAUUUUGUGACAAACUUGCAAGUUACACUGGUCAAGAACUGCUGAAGACUGUAUCACCAGGGGGUUCCAAAGCACCACUACAGAUUGAAGAGGACACAAAAACGUACUCAUCCAACUGCAAAUCACAAACUGCAGGAAGAGGCAGAGUCACCUCAGAGACACUCUACGACAACGCAGCAAGCUACAUUAGUGAACAGCUGGUAAAGGCUGCGUUAGCUGCAGGUUCAAGAGAUAAUAUUACUAUUUUGAUUGUACUUCUAAAUGGAUGUGAUAAGAUACCCUAUUACCACAACAUUUAA